UGCGUGGAAGUGGAAGCUGGGCAGAUUUUUAUAAUGAAAGUGCAACUUUUGAAGUUUAUCUGCCUCAUGCCAGAACAUUAAAUUUAUUAUUUUUUUGUUCCAAUACUGUUUUUAUUAUCAUUUAUAUAUAUAUAUUUCUAUUUUGAGUUUGGACACAUGGACUGAAGAAGUUUUCACAUCUUGGAAUAAUGAGAGACUGCUCUUGGAUUCAUCUUUAUUUGGGCAUUUAACUGUUUAUUUUAGAUAAUACUUGAUAUGGUACACACAAAAGCUAUGGAAAUGUCUUUGCGAAUUCACCUUUUUACAGCUUUUGUCUCCUGUAUUAAGGUUUAUGCUGAGCAACCUGUGAAGCAUCCAGGCCUGCAGGUGUUGGCCACGGCCUCACAUUAUUGGCCUCUCGAUGCUGUGGACGGAAUCCAUGAACUGUGGGACCAGAUUGGAAACAGACCAGGUUAUGUUAACGGAACUAACAUAACUCUCAGAAUCCACAACCACACUGUGCUCCCUUCCUCCCAUAACUCUUCCUAUGUGUAUACCAAUGACUCUGCCUACACUAACAUUUCUGCAACAGUAGAUAUUGUUGAAGGAAUGGUCAACAAGGGUAUCUUUCUGAAUGGAGAUAAUGGCGGAACCUUUCUCCACUUUGGAAACUACCAGAACUCGUGCAUUAGUGACCCUACUUUGUGUGGUCCUGAUGGGAUUACCUUCUCCUUUUUUUGGAAAAACCACGAGGCAGAGUCCCGUUUUGCCGUAGCCUCUGGUGGCAAAGUUAUCUCCAAUGGCUUCUCAGUCUACACCAAUCCCUUUGGAGGAUAUGUGGAGUUUUACACUCGAGGCAACAACCACAGGUGGAAGGCCAACAUCAAAGUUCCAGGGCCUUACUGGAACCACAUUCUCUUCACAUGGACAAAAAAGGAUGGUCUGAAGGUCUACAUCAAUGCGACCUUCACAGCUAGUGACACAACUGGUGGCCCCUCAGAGAUCUAUGGCGACCAGUACUCUGACCUUGUCAUUGGAACCGGCAACGACAGGGCAUAUGGUCAUUAUGUCACAGGCGCCUUUGAUGAGUUUGUCAUCUGGGAAAGGGCCCUUUCACUCAGCGAGAUCUUGCUCUACUACUAUGCAGCCAUAGGUCAGGCCAUGGUUUCUGCCACAACACCAAGAGUCUCCACAGAAGUCACUUCAACUACACCAACAGUCAGAGCCACAGAAGUGAGCGCUCCUGUCGUCAGCAGUCAGCGUGAGGUGGUCCAAAGCUCCCAGGAGCCGCAGCCCAUGCCAGUGUUGGGCUUCCUUAAGGCGCUGCCCAACAGGACCAUUCCUCACAACACUGCCAACAACCUCACUCAGGCUUUUCUCAAAAGUGUGGAAGAAGUGUUGUCCUCUCCAGGGUUUCCAGAGCAACCCACCCCUGUGGUCAGCGGUCUGAUCGAGACGACGGACAGAGUGAUGGAACAUAUGGUGACUAACCUGGAGCCCAGCCCAAACUCUCUCAUCUCCCUUGGAGGAACAUCUUUUGUUGCAGAUUACUCUCUGAUGAAAUUCCCUCAGAACUACAACUUGCCGCAUUACCGCUUCCCCACACAGGGGAAGAACUACAUCUCUGUGCCUGGAGAAGCUUUCACCAUGCAGUCUCAAACCACCAUCGUUGGCCUCUUCUACCACAACAUGCACAGCUACUACAAAGAGAUCAGCCCUGUCAAGACCAGGAUUAAUGAAGCAGCUAAUUUCAAAGAUCACAAAAUCCAGGUAGCAAGCUGUUUAAUCUCUCUCAAAGUGGAGCCUUCGCCUGCCCUGUCCAUCAACCUCUCUGGAGCGCCACUCAUCAAGAUUGUCCUAACCCAUGUCCUGACUAAAGAACAUCAAGAGCAAAUACUAAAUCAGAGCAAUAAAGUCUUCCUCUACUGUGCCUUCUUGGACUACAGUUCAAAAGAGGGAGUAUGGUCCAACGAAGGUUGUGUGCGCACAGAUGGAAACAUGACAUACUCUGUGUGUUUGUGUAACCACCUUACCAACUUUGCCAUACUUAUGCAAGUGGUGCCCUUAAAGCUCACUACUGGCCACAGGGUGGCACUGUCAACCAUUGGUUAUGUUGGCUGCUCAAUUUCCAUCUUCUGUCUUGCCAUCACUCUGGUCACUUUUGCAGUUCUGUCGUCAGUGAGUACCAUCCGCAACCAACGCUACCACAUCCACGCCAACCUGUCCUUCGCCAUCCUGGUGGCUCAGAUCUUACUGCUCAUCAGCGCUCGCUUCGACCCGGGAACGCUGCCUUGUAAGAUUAUGGCUGUCCUGCUUCACUUCUUCUUUCUGAGCGCCUUCGCCUGGAUGCUGGUGGAGGGCCUCCACCUCUACAGCAUGGUGGUUAAGGUGUUCGGCUCAGAGGGCAGCAAACACUUCUACUACUAUGGCAUUGGCUGGGGAUCUCCUUUGGUUAUAUGUGUUGUGUCCAUGACAUCAGCUCUGGACAGUUAUGGCGAGGUUGACAACUGCUGGCUGUCGCUGAAGAAUGGAGCCAUCUGGGCAUUUGUGGCACCAGCUCUGUUUGUCAUUGUGGUGAACAUCGGCAUCCUGGUAUCUGUGACCAGGAUCAUAUCUCGAAUCAGUGGAGAGAGUUACAAGAUUCAUGGAGAUGCCAAUGCAGUCAAGCUGACUGCAAAGGCAGUGGCUGUGCUCCUGCCUAUACUCGGCAUUUCCUGGAUCUUUGGCGUUCUUGCUGUCAACACACACUCUCUGCCAUUCCUAUAUAUAUUUGCUGUAUUCAAUUCGUUACAAGGGUUCUUUGUCUUCUUGUUUCACUGUCUUCUCAACUCUGAGGUCAGAGCUGCUUUCAAACACAAAACCAAGGUGUGGUCUCUUACCAGCAGCUCCAUCCGAAACAUCAAUGUGAAGCCAUUCAACUCUGAUAUCAUGAAUGGAAACAAGGAGGGCGUGUCUCCCACCAAAAUGAACACAUGGGACAAAAGCACCAACUCAGCCAAUCGUAUCGACCUUUCCGCCGUGUAGAACCGCAGAUCAUGGCUUCUGUCUGCUGCAGGAGAGCAAUCUGAAGCUCACUAGUGUAGAAUGACAAACACUGGUCAGAGAAUUUCCCCACUAUAUUAUGUAAUAAAUUGGACACUCAUCUGCUCAAGUGAAAGCGAUACCGAAGGUCGCGUGGUGUAGCUGAAUAGUAGCUUCCCCUUCAAAGACAAACAGACUCUAAGGACUGCGCAAGGAUUUCUGAGGGGACAGUGAAGUGACCGAGAGUCUUAAGAUCCAUGGUUGUAGUUCAGGGUCUGGUGAUGACCCCCUGUGUAGUGGAGCAUCUCGACUUGUCAGUUGCAUCCUCCAUCUGCAUGUUGCAGUUGAUUUACUCAUUGACAAGAGCUUAUUUAACAGAAUAGUUCAACAUUUUGGGUAAUAAGCUUAUUUGCUUUCUUGCUGAGAGUUAGAUGAAAAGAUUGAUACCACUCUCCGGUCAAUAUAGUAAAUAUGAAGCGACUCCCAGCAGCUGAUUUCACAAAGCUUAGCACAGAAACUGCAAAAAGGAAGAAAACAGCUAGCCUGGCUCUGUCGAAAGGUCACAAAAUCUGCCUACCAGCAUCACUAAACCUCAUUAAUCAACAUGUUAUAUUUCAUUUAUUUAAUCUGUACUAAAACAGAAGUGUAAAGAUGACAGAUUGUGGUCUUAUGGUUAUGUGUCGGACUAGCUAGCCAAGCUAGAUGUUUUUCCCCUGUCUUCAGAAGUUAAAGUAAUCUGCUGCUGGCGGCAGCUUCAUAUUGACAUGACAGUGGCAGCGAUCUUCCCAUCUAACUUUAAGCAAGAAAGCAAAUAAACAAAUAAUUCCCAAAAUGUCAAAAUAUUACUUUAAUCACAGUGAUGUGUUUUGACAUAUAAUCUGUCUCACACUAUGAAAUAGUUCAAUAGCUUUAAUUUAAUGCAACAUAUUACAAGUUGAGAUGAUAAUAGGUAUUUUCAGGGUAUCGUUGGGUACAAAUGCAUAAACUUGGAUAAAAAAAGACAAAGGAAAGCAGUAAAUUUUCCUUAAAUAGUGUUAGAUGCAUGCCUUAAAAAAUGACAUGAUGGUUUUACCAGCUGUUAACAGUUUUCACACACACACACACACACAAUUUGCUUAUUUUACCUGGAUGAACGUCUCCAAGAUUCACUUGAUUAAUACAGCUUUAAUCCAUAAACACAAACACAGUGAAACACAUAAACUGUAUAACAGUGGAUGAACUAGCAGUGAAUUAGACCCUCUGCCAUUCUGAUAUAAUGUAUUUAUUUAUUUUGUGAUUCUGAGUUCUGUAUCAUGUAUUCUGCAGAGUGUCGCAGCUCAACAAUCAGUAUGUUCUCAUGUUAAAUCCUGUGUCUAUUUGUGUGUUUUCCCUCUCGAAAUGAUCUGACUGGUAUAUUUCCAGUACCUCACAUCUUAGUAACCUGCAGUAUGUUACGCUUUUUGAGGAAUAGUGAAUACUGGUUGUGUUUUGGACACAAUCCUGUGAAGUUUUAUGUUGUCCUUAGAUAUUUCUGUUGCUAAUUUCUUUUACGUUUUCAUAUUUUGUGUACAUUGAAAUAUGUUCUACAGAAGAGGGACCUGAAUGCUUUUUCACCCUUAACAUACUGUGAGAAUGGAGAGAGAUGACAUAUUUUAAAAUGUUACUGAUCUUACACUGUACCAACAUUAGGUUUCCUAAAACAGGAUUUACUGUAAGUCACUCUGUGCUCACUUUAAGUCAGAUUUCAAGUUCAAUAUUUCUAUGCUUUUAUGGCCUUUAAUUAUUGUUGUCUUAUGGUACUAUGGUUUGUGCUUCCAACUAUCUUUAUUAUAAAAUGUUUAUAACAAGAAGUCAGUGUCAUCAUUAUUACAUGGUUUUCACCAUCACGUUCACAUUUGUAUUUGUUGUAAGCCAAUACGA